AUGGCCCCCCCCCUGCCCUCGGGCGAUGCCCAGCAUGUAGGCGGGCGCCACAUGAUCCUGCGCUCCGAGUACAUCCGCCUGCUGGAGCAGGCUCUGGCCGGACUCGGGUACCCCGCCCUCGCCAGUCAGCUAGAGGCCGAGUCGGGCAUCAGCAUGCAGCCCCAGGUGGCCACCGACUUCAGGGACGCGGUGCUCGGGGGCGACUGGUCCAGCGCCCUGGCCCUGCUCCCCUCCCUGACCGCCAGCGAGGGUGACGCCUCCCAGGCCCGCUUCCUGCUCACGCGCCAGAAGUACGGCGAGUGCGUGGCGCGGGGCGACCUGGCCGCCGCGCUGGCCACGCUGCGCUGCGAGCUGGCGCCCCUGGGCGUCAACCGCCGCGUGCUGCACGGGCUGGCGGGGGCGCUGCUGCAGCACCUGCUGCCGCCCUCCCUGCUCAUCCCGGAGGGCCGGCUGGAGGAGCUGGUGGAGCAGGCGCUGGUGGCCCAGGCGGAGGCCUGCCAGUACGUGAACGCGCCGCACCCGCAGCAGACGCUGUUUGCCGACUUCCAGGCGGGCCCCGAGCAGCUGCCAACGCGCUGCAGCCAGGCGCUGGACAUGCACGGCGAUGAGGUGUGGGCGCUGCAGUUCAGCCACGACGGCCGCUUCCUGGCCUCGGCCUCCAAGGACGGCUGCGCGCUGCUGUGGCGCGUGGCGCCGAGCGGCUGGGUCACCUACGCCUGCCACCUCACGCGCUCCUCCUCCCCCGUCAACACCGUGGCCUUCAGCCCGGACGACGCCUGGGUGCUGACCAGCGGCGCCGACGGACGCGUGCGCCUCUACACGCUGCCCUCGGGCCGGCUGGCGCACGAGUGCAGCUUCGCUGCCAGCGCGGGCGGCGAGUUUGCGGUCACCGCCGCCGCCUGGUUCCCGGACUCCACACGCCUGCUGGCCGCGCUGCUGGACAAGGCGCUCUACGUGGUGGAUGUGCGCGGCGUGACACAGCGCAGGCUGAAGCAGACGCAGCACGUCUACGACUGCGCGGUCAGCCCCGACGGCGGGACCCUGGUCUCCGUCGGCCAGGACAAGCGCCUGCGUUUCCACCGCCUCGCCGACGGCCGCGAGGCCAGCGUGGGCGAGGCAGGGGCCGUGACCUGCCUCACCCCCUCCUCCGACGGCGCCUUCCUGCUGGCAAACCUGGCCUCCGCCGCAAUCCACCUCUGGCCCCUGGGGGACAUGGCCCUGCCCGCCUUGCCCGGCGACGGCGAGGCGCCGGGCGAGGCGGACCCCGGGGGCCAGGCGGCCGGCGGCCAGGGCAGCCCCGACGCGCCACGCCCCGGCGACCCGUUGGACCACCUGGCACAGGCGCCGCUGCAGGAGUACCGGGUGGGCCAGGCGCAGCACGGGCGCUUCGUCAUCCGCUCCGCGAUAGGCGGCUACCGCAACAACUUUGUGGCCAGCGGCGGGGAGGAGGGCGCCGUGCACAUCUGGCACCGUGAGUCCGGCAAUCUGCUCGAGAUCCUCAAGGGUCACACCGGGACGGUGAAUGCGGUGGCCUGGAAUCCGGUCAACCACUACCUCAUGGCCUCCGCCUCCGACGACAAGACGAUACGCAUAUGGGUAGCCCCCGCCGCGCAGAGCGGCAGGGAGGACUGGCCCUGA